CGCUUAUCCUUUGUUGAUUAUGGAUUGCCCCUUGUGAUUGUCUGCCGGACCUCUCGCACACAGGUCAGACAUCGCAGCACACGCAUCAACGGCAGAAUCACUGCGAGUCCUCAGCUGGCGCCCAGCCGCUUGCUGGAAGAGGAAAGACGCAUCCAGGAGGACGUCCCAUCGGCUAGAAUGGAUGUGCUGGAAAGAGCGCUCCUUCCAAGCGUAUCCAGCAGAUGAGGACACGUGUGCAGGGCUUGCUAUAUAUGCUGAGAUGCCAGCUCGUAUCUGCGUCUUCUGGUAGACGGUGGUGGGGCAGCAGGGAGAACAGUAGAACCAGAAGCAAGCUGAAUAGCACAGCUUCGGGAGAGGGAGAACCUAGGAGAGUUGACAGCGGCAGAAGCGGAAGGUCGGGGUGCCUGAGUCCGACCGGCUGGGGUCGGCUUCCUCACUCAUGCUGUACUCCAGCGAGUGGGAAUGGGUGUUGGUGUUUUGGGUAUUGGUUUGCUCUGAGAAGCGAUCCCGUAGCCUGUGUUACCCUUUGUAAGGUGACCACGAGGUGCUUAUCAUGCCCCUCUCAUAAUUCCCCUUGCAGGUCAGACCACCAACAUGUCCAGCAUGGUCAGUAUUGCUUUCCCGGCGGGAGCAGUCAACGACAGCACAAGCCGAGCUGCCAGCGUCCACCAGCAGUGGGAGAAAAGGCACCUGACCCCCCACCGCUCCCUACGGUGCGAUGUGCUGGAGCUGAACUUCUAUUUCGGGUUGCGGAGGGAGCGCCGAAAGCUGUGCGCGGUGCUACGUUCCUACACGCUCGUGUUCUUGGACGACAUGAAUAUGCUGAUGACGUGCAACACCCGCGGCCGCAGGUGGACGUUCUCCGGGAAUUGAGGAGCCCGAAGCUGUUUUGCCGUAUUAUUAAUAGUGUAUUGCCGGUGCAUUGAUGGAGCGACUGAAAUAGCAGGUGGAAGAUAUGACUACCCGAGGAUUGUCUAUUCCCCUAGUACUUGCGUGCUAUUGGGGUGUUCAGUGGAUGAUAUAGAGAUGAAGAACGACGAUCGGCCUGAUGGAUGUCGGCGAUUUUGCGACCUG